UUCGAGUUAAAACAUCUCUCCGAUCGCUCUCCCUCCAUAUUCGAUCCUGGCCUAUCCUUAUCAAUCCUAUGUCGUUCUCCCUCCACUCCAAUUCAUUUCUUCUUCUCUCCCAUCGCUCUCCCUCCACUCCAAAACAUUUCUUCCUCUCUCCCAUCGUUCUCCGACCCUUGAUGACGACCGCCGGGAAGGGCGAUCUCUCUCUCGCGACCACCCUACCUUAUUUCUUUUUCUGCUUCAGGUCUGUUGCGUCCAGCAGCUACUGUUGUUCCUAUGGCGCAGCCUUGUGGGGGGUGGGGUGCGGUGUUGUGUUUGGUGUAGUUUCUGUGAUGGAUAUCUGUGGGAGUUUCUGGAGGCUGCUUGGAGAGGUGAGUGGGGUGGCCAGUUGUUCGUGCUGCUGUGGCCUCUUGGUUGGUCUGUUUUUCUUGGAUGGGCUCGGGAUGUUUCUGUCCUUUUUAGAGGCUGGAGGGUUCAUGUUGGAUGCUUGUUUGUACGGGUGUAGAUUGAAGUUCUUUGGUCCUUGUAAGGGCUGGGAUGAUGGGGCUGCGGAAGCAAGAGGAUUGUUUGCUGCAAACUUCAAGAGAGACGAAGGCAUGAACCUCUUGAAGGGCAAACAAGCUCUUCAACGGCUAACCGAGACUGCUGAGAAAGCCAAAAUGGAGUUGUCAUCUUUGACUCAGACAAACAUCAGUUUGCCUUUCAUCACUGCUACCACAGAUGGUCCUAAACAUAUAGAGACCACCAUUACUAGGGCCAAGUUUGAGGAACUGUGUUCAGAUCUUCUUGACAGGUAAAGAAAAUGGUGCAAGAAGCUGAGACGUUUGCAUAGGAGGACAAGGAGAAGAGAGACGCUAUAGACAAAAAAAACCAGGUAGAUUUCGUGUUCACCAGACUGAGAAGCGGCUGAAGGAGCUUGCAGACAAGGUUCCGGCUCCAGUCCAAGAGAAGGUUGAGGCAAAACUAAAGGAGCUCAAAGAUGCAAUUGCAACAGAGUUGACCAAAGCAAUGAAAGAUGCCAUGGCUGCCUAGUGCCCUUAAUCAAGAAGUCAUGCAACUUGUUCAGUCCCUUUACAACCAACCAGGUGCUGGACCUGCGCCCGGCACUGAAGUGGACCAUCAGAUUCAUCAACCAGGGGACCUGAUAAUGAUGUCAUUGAUGCGGAUUUCACUGAGAGCAAUUGAGCAACUGCUCAGUCUUUUUGCCUUUCUUGGUAAUGUGUAAAAGGAAUUUUAUUUUUAGGGAUUGGAUAUGGUUUGAGCUGUAUUUUUGGCAGUCAUUUUUAUUUCAUGAGGAACAGAUUCAUAUUGUUUCUAGGAAAUAUAGAGGAUGAUCUAGAGACCAAUAGAGAGAAUCCAUAGUAGUAAAACUUGUUUCUUAUUUGUGUAUAAUUUUUUUAUAUAAAUUUUAGUGAAAUAAUAUAAAUGCAGAAUAUAUUUUGCAAGCAUAAA